AUGUCGGGAAAACACUUAACUUCAGGUAUGUCCAUUUCAGCAACAGUUGCCGGCGAAGGUUCAGACUUUCCACCAUUGGAGAAGGAUACACUUCGUCUUUAUGGUACGAGGUUCUGUCCGUGUACUCAAAGAGUUCUCUUAACACUGGAACUGAAGGAAAUAGAAUAUGAGGUUGUAUAUAUGAAUACGAGAAAUAAACCAUCAUGGUAUAUUGAAAAGAGUCCGACUGGUCUUGUACCGGUAUUAGAAAUAAACGAUCAGAUCGUAUGUGAAUCCAUUAUAUGCUGUGAAUACUUGGACGAGGUUUACUCUGACAGUCAGUUAGCUGCCGAGACACCGUACCAGAGGGCACGAGAUAAAAUGCUUAUAAACUUUUUCCUGAGCGAGAUGGUACCUGUAAUUCACAAACAUAGCCAUCCAGCCGAUGGACUGGACGAAAAGCAAAAAGAAAUGUUUUUCGAUAAUAUGGAGAAAGUGUUAACGAAGAGAAAAUCACCAUACUUCAGAGGGGAUACACCUGGCCUGCUUGAUAUCGUGUUGUGGCCGUCAUUCGAACGUAUAGAAGGUAUGGAUGUUUUGGAUGGUGACAGUCACGGUCUUCCUGCUGACCGUUUCCCGUUGCUGACGUCUUGGAUGGACGCUAUGGUGGAUGUUCCAGCAGUUCAGAAAUUUUUUCUCUCUGCCGAACAGCAUAGAGAGUUUUAUAAGAACUACCUUCGUACAAAACCUUUGUUUGACGAGCUGUUAAGUUGA